AUGCGACCAAUCUCCCUUUCCUCCAUUCUGUUUGCUACUGGACUCGCAGUCUCGGUGUCGGGCUUUCCUCAGAUGGGUCCAGGCCCAGUCGUCACCUCUAGUUUGGACGAAGGCGUCCAGACCGUGGAAUCGAUGCCGCAAAUUGCACCUUCGAGCACAGGAAUUAGCAUCAUCAUGGGACCAGGUCCAGUCAUAACAUCAGAUUCCAGUAUAUCUGGAUUAGACUCAUCCUCUACAACGCUCGCAAAUUCCACCACCACCUCUCGGUCGACAAAUACCGGAACGUCCACCCGCUCGGCAUCUACGACCCUAUCUCCUAGCACUCCUGGAGCUGGUUUUUCAGCUGCACAAUCCUCGAGGGUAUUGGUUACCUCUCUUUUCGCGCUGUGCGCCGUCGCCUUGUUCUAA